UGCCAUGCCCGCCGCCGCGCCGCGGCUUAAAUAGAGCCAAGCCGAGGCAGGGCGCCGUCCCGCCCGCCCGCUCCGGACUCCAGACUAGCACAAGCAAAGGCUAGCAGAGCGCGGCGACGCCCGCUACGCAGGCGCGCGACAGGGAGAAGGCACUCUUGUCGACCGAAGAGCGCGCCACUCCACCGACGCAAGCGAGCGCCCUCGGCUGGCCACUGGCGGCGUCGACUGGCCUCGGGCUCUCGGCUCUCUUCCCUCCUGCUGCUGAUCAUAUCGGAGCGACCUGCUAGCUGCGUCGGUCUGCCGUCGCCGCGUUCAUGGCCAUGGCGGAGCGGUUCGGAACUCGGUGGCUGCCGUUCCGCCUCGCCGCCGCCGUCGUGCUCCUCGCCCUGAUGACAGAAUUGGAGUCUUGAUUGAGCGACCAAACUCAGUCUCUGAGAUUUUCUUCUGGGAGCAUUUAUGGCCUUUGAUUUGCAUGAAGCUCCCAGUGCUUGAGUUUGAACUACAGAGUUAACUGCCAUUCACGCCCAAUCAAUUGUAUUGUACGAGCAUCAUAUUUUCUUCUUCAUGUGCUAUUUUUCCACUCCAUUAUUAGUACAUAUAUCAUUGAUCUUGAAAUGUAUACUACCGCUGGUACUUAUUAAUGUUACCUGUUUUAUUCCAUUUAAAACUAUUUUUGGGGGUAUAUUAGAGUUGUUUUCCCACCCUAUAUAUGCUUUCACUCAGCAAGGAAUAAUUCAUGACUCAUGAGGAGCAUCAAUACUUAGUUUGUGGCAACGGUACUAGACUUCGCGUUAUUGCGGAGUGGUGGUUAUUAGGUGUACUUGCUGAGCUAUUAUCUUAUCCGAGCUUUUAACUGAUAUCUAGUGAGAUCACAAGGUCCCCAAGUGCUCCAUGGCGUAACAAAGCAGGCCGCCCACUAAGACGGCAUCUCCCAAACCCUGAUUCUCGUCGGAGCUCUUUCAUCGCCCUAUUUUACCCAAGAAAAUGGGCCAAUUUGCCGCCUUUUCGCCGCAAUUCGACGUGCGUCUGGUCUGGUUCCGAGCUGUCCUAGCUUUAUUUUCCCCUAAAGUUUUGUCUGGAAGGAUGCGCGGUUCGCUUAGUUCGUCCGCUGUCGCCGGCCAGCUAAAUGUGAUCAACUUUUUGAUCAGUUGUGGCCACUGGAAUGCAGAUAAAAUAAGAAGAUGCGGAUCGAAGUGGGUUUGAAAAUGUACGUGGUUUUUUUAUUGGGUUGAUUCUCGGUAGGACGCCCCCGGUCACAUGACCACAUGUGGACCAGAACACUCUCGUUGGAUCCUGUGAUUAACUACGAAUUUGUUGAGCAGAGAUGCAUGCAGCUGCCUAGUAGCUAGAUUGAUUGUUUAUUUAUUUUCAGUUUGAAUAAUGGUUGCUGAACGCUAACACAGUGUGAUGCUAGCGGUUGCAGAUCGAGCAGUGCUGAGGGCUGAAGCGACCCCGAUCGGCAUCAACUACGGCCAGAUCGCCGACAACCUCCCCUCCCCGGCCCGGGUGUCCUGGCUGCUCCGGUCGAUGCAGGUCAGCAAGGUGAAGCUCUACGACGCGGACCCGUACGUGCUGAGCGCGUUCCUCGACACCGGCGUGGAGUUCGUGGUGGGCAUCGGCAACGAGAACGUGUCGGCGAUGGUGGACCCGGCGGCGGCGCGGGCGUGGAUCCAGCGCCACGUGCAGCCGUACCUCCCGAGCACGCGCAUCACCUGCAUCACCGUCGGCAACGAGGUGUUCAAGGGCAACGACACCGCGCUCAAGGCCAACCUCCUCCCCGCCAUGCAGUCCGUGUACCAGGCGCUCGCCGCGCUGGGCCUGCAGGGCCGGGUGAACGUCACCACGGCGCACUCCCUGGACAUCAUGGGCAGCUCGUUCCCGCCCUCCGCCGGCGCAUUCCGCGCCGACGUCGUGCCGUACAUGCAGCCCAUCCUGAGCUUCCUGUCCAUGGCGAGGUCGCCGUUCCUCAUCAACUGCUACCCCUACUUCGCCUACAAGGCCGACCCCGGCAACGUGCCGCUGGAGUACGUCCUGUUCCAGCCCAACGCCGGGGUCACCGACACCAACACCAAGCUCAACUACGACAACAUGCUGUACGCCCAGGUGGACUCGGUGUACGCGGCGAUCCAGGCGCUGGGGCACACCGACAUCGACGUCAAGAUCUCCGAGACCGGGUGGCCGUCCAGGGGCGACCCCGACGAGGCCGGCGCCACGCCGGAGUACGCCGGGACGUACAUUGGCAACCUCCUGCAGCGGAUCGAGAUGAAGCAGGGCACGCCGCUGAGGCCGUCGGUGCCCAUCGACGUCUACGUCUUCGCGCUGUUCAACGAGAACCUCAAGCCCGGGCCGGCCUCCGAGCGGAACUACGGGCUGUUCUACCCCGACGGCACGCCGGUGUACGACGUCGGCCUGCAGGGAUACCUUCCACCCAUGGAUUACUCACGAGGCACGAGAAAGGCGGUUCAUCUGCUUGCCCUCAUCCUCAUAGCCGUUGCAUCGAUCGCUCUCAGCUUAUCCUGAGAGGAUUUACUGUUGACAAUUGCGUUAAAGGCGAUGAAGAGAGCGUGGAGCCCAAGGAUCUCUUGCUGCUGGGAUUCCACCAGCAGACCACAAGGUAAGAGCCUUAUCCUGAAUUCCCACGAUCCUCUUGAAAUGAACUCCUGGCAGCUAUGAACCUGCUCCUUUCGUGACUGCAGGAAAAAAACAAUGCAAAAUUGCCCUGUACGACACCACAUGUUCUAGUGACUUAUGGUUUUUAGCAUCCACCGCACAAAAUUGGCGAUUCCUUUAAGCUUGGACAACCUUUUAGUAGGAGCAUAAGCUUGUGCCCUUUUCUAUUUCUUUUCUCCUACGCAGUCUUCAGAGAACUAACGAAGGGACUUGUUCCAUCAGGGAAGCUCCAGAAGUAGAACACCAUCAGCAAUGAUUUCGAUUGGUGCAGACUCACACAGCCAGCCAGAACAGAUGGAUUGUUUUUUUAGCAUCCAGGAGCCAAAACUGGCUCCACACUGACAGUGAAGUAGAACUGACUGAAGAUCUGGGACGAUACGUGGCCAUUGCACGCAUUGUUUUUUUUUUAUAGAAUUUUCUCUUCGAUUUAUAUGGAGAUGUCUUCUUUACGCAGCUGUACAUUUGUAUAUGGGUCGAACAGACAGGACAUUAAUUCAGGUCAAGGCUGGCAGUUGUUAUUGUUA